CAUCCCUUUCUAAAACAGCUCAACCAACAACUACAACCCUGCCUAUAACAACAUUAACCACAAUCACACCUAAAACAAUAAAACCUACAGCAACAUUGACAACUGAACCAACAUCCCCUUCAACAACUAAAUUACAAUCUACAGCGACAACUUCAACUGAAUCAAAAACUACAAUGCAACCAACAACCACAACCCUGCCUGCAACAACUACAGCUCAUGAAGCUUCAACUACAACCCUGCCUACAACAAACUCACCUAAAACAACUACAAACCUACUUACAUCUACAGCCCAAUCCACAGCAACGAUGGCCCUUUCUACAUCUCAUCCAACAACUACAACCCUGCCUAUAACAUCACCAACCACAGUUACACCUACAACAACACAACCUAUAGCAACAACAACAUCUGAACCAACAACUACACUGCAACCAACAACAACAGCCCUAAAUUCACCUACAGCUCAUGAGACUUCAACUACAAUCCUAUCUACGACCAACUCGCCUGAAACAACUACAACCCUACUUACAUCUACAGCCCCUUCUACAGCAAUGACAACCCUUUCUACAACAGCUCAACCAACAACUAGAACCCUGUCCAUAACAGCACCAACCACAAUCACACCUACAACAACACAAUCUACAUCAACAACUACACUGCAACCAAUGACCACAGCCCAAACUUCAACAACAACAGCUCAAACGUCAUUUGCAACCCUGUCUAUAACAAACUCACCUACAGCUACAAUCACUCCUUCAGCAACCACACCCCUUUCUACAACAGCUCAGUCAACAACUACAAUCCUGCCUAUGAAAACAACAAUCAUGUCUACAACACAACAGACAGCUACAACUACAACUGAGUCAACAACAACAAACCCUUCAACAACUACACUGCAAACCACAACCAGAGCCCUUCCUGCAACAACUACUGCUCAUGAAACUUCAACUAUAACCCUGUCUACAACCAACUUGCCUAGAACAACUACAACCCUUCAGACAACAUCUGCCUCUCCAACAGCAAUGACAACCCUGCUUAUAACAGAAACCACAAUCACACCUAUGACAACACAACCUAUAGCAACAACAAAAACUGAACCUACAAAUUCUUCAACAUCUUUAUCACAAUCUACAGCUACUACCCUGCCUACAACAAUCUUGCCCACAACUACAGUCCCACCUACAGCAACCACUACCCUUUCAACAACAGCUCAGCCAACAACUACAAAUACAUCACCUCCUACAGCAAGUGAACCUAUAACAACCCUAACCCCACCUACAGUUACAACCACAAUCCCAUCUACAACUUCAGUCAAACCUAUAACCACUACAAUCCAGCCUGCAACUACAUCAUUAACAACUCAACCAACGACUACAACUCAACAAACUUUUUCAACUUUAACACAGCCUACAAGUACAACACAAACAACAACAACUGUCCAGCCCUCUAUUACAGUUGUUGUCUCUUUUACCAGCAAUGAAACUUUUUUUGAUGAAUUGUUAAUUCCAACUUCAGAUGCCUUCAAAACUCGAGCACAUAAAGUCAAAAAUGAGUUGGAACCAAUCUUAAAAAACAAAUUCAGCUCCUUCAUUCGAUUGACAGUUCUUCAGUUCCGAAAUGGAUCAAUAAUCACAGAUAUGAAUGUACAGUUCAGCAACUCAACCAAUAUCAAUGACAUUGAAAACACAAUUUCCACUGCUAACACAACUUUCCUAAUUACCAGAGUAACAGUUGUGACAAAUACACCUUUGUCCACAACCCCACUUACCACAACUACAACUCAGCCAACAACUGUGACUUUAACAGCUACAAAAACCCUAUUUCCAUCAUCUUCAGUGCAAUCAAAAACCUCAACUACUCCAAUAACUACAGAACUUUCAGUUACAACUACAACUGAUCCUACAACUGUAACCGUACCUACAAUGAGUACAAAUGAACAUUUAACUACAAGUACUACUUCUCAGCCUACAACAACCACAACCUCACCAACAACCUCACCUAAACUCACAACCUCACAUACAUCUUCAGCUCACUCAGAGACUACUACCACAAUUGCACCAACAACUGUGACUCAACAACAAACAAGGACAAACCCUCUUACAACUUCAACUCAGUCUGUAACUACAACCACAAGCCAACCUGCAGCUACAACAACUUCACCAGCAACUACAUCCAUGGUCCUACCUGCAACUUCUACAACCCCUCUUACCACAGUCAAUAGCUCAUCUACAAUAACUUCAAUACAAUCAGCAACUGCAAUCACAAUCCCUCCUACAACUACAAAUCAACCAGCAACAAUAAGCACAAAACAAGCUACAACAACUCAAACAACUACAACACCACCUUCAAUGCUUACAACUCAAUCAGAGACUUCAUCCAUAGCCCCACCUGCAACCACUACAACUCAACUAACUUCCACAACUCCUGUUACAACAACCACAAGUCCAUCUACAGCAAAUUUAUCUCAACCAGCAAGUACAACUACAAGCCCCCCUACAACAACUCAACAAACUACAACACCACCUACAACACUUACAACUCAACUAACGACUACAACCACAAGAACUCAACCAACAACUUUAAUCCAGCCAACAACAUUGUCUCCUACAACAAUUACAUCACCAAUUACAACUAUAACAAAUCUGCAUUCAGCUACAACCCCACCCACAACUACAUCUCAACAUACAACCCCCGGCCCACCUGCAACUACAACUCAACCAACUACUACAGCUACUCCUACCACAAUCAAAACUCUACAUACAAUAUCUCAACAAACAACAAAAUUUACAACUACAACUCCACAAACACCUACAGCCCCAUCUACAACUACAACUCAACCUACAACCAAAGAAUCACCAACAACUACAACUCUGUCAACAACCACAACACAGCCUACAACUACAACCACUGCUUUAAUAACAACAGCCCCCCAUUCAACUACAACUAUCAUAACCCUACCUUCAACAGUCCCUUCUAAAACAAAUGCCACAGCCCCUCAUAUAACAACCUCAAACCUACCUACAACUACAUUUCAACAGACAACCACAAUAACACCUACAACGAUAUCUCAACAAACAAUGUCAUUUGCAACAACAACUCUGAAAGCAACUAUAGCACUGUCAACAACUACAACUCAAUCUACAACCACAGAGCCACCAACAACUACGACUAAGCCAAACACCACAAUACAGCCUACAAAUACAGCCAUUGCUUCAAUAACAACAGCCCCCCCUACAACUACAACUCAACCAAUAACAACCAAACCUUCAACAGCUUCAACUUCACAAGCAACCAAAACCCCUUCUACAUUGACCACAACCCUACCUACAACAACCCCAUCUGAAACAACCACCUCAAUCCUGCCUGCAAGUACAACUCAUUUAACUACUUCAGCCCUGCCUACAACAACCACAAAUCUACCUACAAUUACAUUUCAACAGACAACCACAACACCACCUACAACUACAUCUCAACAAACAAUGCAAUUUACAACAACAACUCUGCAAACAAUUAUAGCCCCAUCUACAAGUACAACUACAUCUCAGACAACAACCACAACACAGCCUACUACUAAAACCACUGCCUUAACAACAGCUCCUCUUACAACUAUAACUCAACCAACAACAACCAGGCCAUCAACAAAUUCAACUCUACAAGCAACCACAACCCCUCCUACAACAACCACCACAAUCCUGCCUACAAGCACAACUCAACCAACAACACCAUUUAAAAAUACAACUCUGCAAACAACUACAGCCCUAUCUACAAAUAUAACUGAAUCUACAACCACAGAGCCACCAACAACUACAACUCAGUCAACAACCACAACACAGUCUUCUACUAAAUCCACUGCCUUCACAACAGCCCCCCAUUCAACUACAACAAUCACAACC